AUGGAUCCUCCAGCAGCCACUGCCUCCUCUACCACCCUCCCCACCCUGGUGCCGUCCCCUCGAGGCUCGCGCACUAGGUUAGGGGAGGACGACGCGAGCGAGACCGAAGAAGUCCAGUUCGCGCCCAUCAUCAGCCACGACAAUGUCUCCAGGCAAAAUACCAGGCGCUCCCGGUCGCUGAGCCUGCACCGCAUAAGGCGGACGACCACGACCGAGUCGAGGAAGGAAGCCCGCGAUGCCGAUCUCGAUGUCAACCUGCCCUACCGUACCCUCACGACGGAGGCGAACAUGGACGAGUACCGGGUCGAGAGUAGGACCGGUGAGAUUCCCGGGCCGCCUAAGCCCGGUGUGGGGAAGGGUAACUACCGACUCGUCACAUUCGAGCCCGGCGACCCUGGGAACCCGAAGAACUGGACUAAGACUAGGAAAUGGUACUGCACCCUGAUCGUCGCGUUUACGUGCUUCGUCGUCGCGUUCGAGUCCAGUGUUAUCACGGCGGAUAUCAUUGGUGUCGCGAGAGAGUUUGAUGCUAGCUAUGAAUUGACAUUGGCCAGCAUUUCUCUGUUCGUCAUGGGAUUCGGUAUUGGUCCCAUGAUAUUCGCUCCUCUAUCUGAGAUUUACGGUAGACGAAUCAUCUACGCCUCGACCUUGGCACUUGCCGUCAUCUUCAUCAUUCCCUGUGCGGUUUCCCAGAACAUCGAAACGCUGCUUGUGUGCAGAGCCAUUGACGGCAUCGCCUUUUCGGCACCCAUGACCCUCGUCGGUGGCACCCUUGCCGAUCUCUGGAAGAACGAGGAGCGCGGUGUUCCCAUGGCCGUCUUCUCCGCCGCUCCCUUCAUCGGUCCUGCAAUCGGUCCCCUUGCCGGUGGUUUCCUCUCCGAUGCUGCCGGCUGGCGAUGGCUCUAUUGGCUCCAGCUGAUCCUCGCCGGGAUCGCCUGGAUCCUCAUCACCUUCACUAUCCCCGAGACCUAUGCCCCCACCAUUCUCUCCAGCCGUGCCAAGAAGCUCCGGAAGGAGACUGGAAACGACGACUUUGUCACUGAGCAGGAUCUCGACCUCCGCCCCUUGAGCGAGCGUCUUGUCAUCUUCUUGAUCCGACCGUUCCAGCUGCUGUUUGGCGAGCUCAUUGUCUUUCUCAUCAGCCUCUACAUGUCUGUUCUGUACGGUCUUCUCUACAUGUUCUUCGUUGCCUACCCCAUUGUCUUCAUGAAGGGCAAGGGAUGGUCUUCGGGAAUGACGGGUCUCAUGUUUAUCCCUAUCGCUGUCGGAACCGUUUCCUCCGCCGCUUGCUCUCCCUGGGUCAACAAGCACUACCUAAAGAUGGUCGCCAAGCACGACGGCAACCCCCCCGCCGAAGUCCGUCUCAUCCCCAUGAUGCUCAGCUGCUGGUUCAUCCCCAUCGGCUUGUUCAUCUUCGCCUGGACGUCCUAUCCCUGGCUCAUCUGGGUCGGCCCCUGUCUCGGCGGUUUCCCCGUGGGCUUCGGUUUCAUUUUCCUCUACAACGCCGCCAACAACUACCUCGUCGACUGCUACCAGCACCAAGCCGCUUCGGCCCUGGCCGCCAAGACUUGUAUCCGAUCCUUCUGGGGUGCCGCCGUCGUCCUGUUCACGGAGCAGAUGUACGACAGGCUCGGCGAUCAGUGGGCCUCUAGCUUGUUGGGCUUCAUUAGUCUCGCGUGCUGCGGUAUUCCCUUCUUGUUCUGGAGGUACGGCGCUAGGAUUCGAGCUAGGAGCAAGUACGCCUAUGCUGGGGAUGAUGAGGUGGCGGGACCCUCGGAUGAGGAGAAGGGUACGGCACACUAA